CAUGUUUUACUGCUGCUAUAAACUCCCAGCCUGUUUAGCUCAAAUCCUCCCACAAGCCUAACCUCUUCUUCUUGUCAGUAGAAAGAAACUUGGACACUUGCAGACGACUGUUUGAUGAGAAUCCGAUAAAUUGUACAAAUUUGACCAUGGCUGGGGUUACCCUAAAGCUGGCCACUGGCCUAACAGGCAUGAAGGUUGCCCGUCAUCCCACGAAAACUCUUUCUGGUAUUUAUGGGAAAAUACUCCGUACUACUGCCAAGAUGCCUGACGAUGCAGCGUAUAGGAAGUAUACUGAAGCGGUGGUUCGGGAUCGAGCAGCAGUUGUUGAAAGGGCUGGUGAUGACUGGAAGAGAGUUGAACAAGAAUUGAACAGUGGUCAGAUUGAAGAGUUGAUCAUUCAAGCUGAUAAGGAACUUUCUCUUGCUCGUAAAAUGUUAGCAUGGAAGCCUUGGGAACCUCUAGUUACCAAACCAGAAGCUGAUCAGUGGAAGUGGCCACCACCAAAGUAAAUAUUGUAAAUAUAUUAGUUUCUAUCCUUGUCCAUUUGCUUGUUAUUUUGAUUGUCUGUGUAAUAAUCAGCAGAAAAUGUAAAUAAAAUCCCUGGUACCUAA